AUGAUUUCAACAAUCGGCACAACAACAAUUCAAACAACAACAGCACCAAACUCUUUAGUCAUGAACCCAACUUCAAUGUUAGUAGAGAUGAAAAGCUUCAUUCCUUCUUCAUAUACUUUUGAAACAGAAAUCCAGAAGAUAAAGCAAGAACUUUUAACAUCUAAUUUAAACUGUAGUGCGAAAGAUGAAACAAAUGAACAGUAUCUUUAUGAAAUGCAGGACAUUAUUGACCAUUUGCCUAAACUACCUGAAAUCCAACAACAAAAACUCACUAUUCCUGAAUUCGACGAAAUUGAAGUCAAAGCAACUGACUCAGUAGAAAUAAAGAA